GGAUAGGGAUAAAAUGUUAGUAAAAAAAUGAAUUUUUAUUUGUAAAAAAAAAAAUAAAGAUUGAAAGAUAAUGAAAGAUUGACUAAGAUUACAACGAGCUUAUUGAGAAAAAAAAAAAUAAAUUACAAAAGUAAAAGGUAGUACACUAUGUUUUAUCGUUUAAACUAUUUAAAAUAUAUAAUAACACAACCAAUUCAUAAAAGAAUCCCCUUUCGUUUCGGGAAUAUGGGAAUGCAUUUUCCUAUCACUACGAAAAAAUAUCCACCCAAUGAGACGGUAAUUCUGUUUUAUUCCUUCCUUUGUAUACAUGAGCAAAUUGCUGUCAAAAGAUAAGUUAAAAACGAAAUGAUUCUUGUUUCAUUGAAAAUGAAAUCUGUAUCUCAAAAUCGAUUUUUUUUUUUGUUAUUUUCAAUAUUGAUGACGCAUGCAGAGUGAAUGUAAAAUGCGUUAGUUAAUUUGGAAUAAGGGGUGUUGGUAACAUGCAAGAACUUAGAAAGGAUUCUGCACCUGCGAUUAAUGGAGAAAUGGGUGGCUCCAAGUUUUUUCGUUGGAAUACAAAUGCAAUGACUCUAACAUUUCCCCCUCAAACCUUUUCUCUUCCGUCUCCAAUCCCUCAAUGGCCUCAAGGACAAGGUUUUGCUUCUGGUGUUAUAAAUCUUGGUGAAAUACAAGUUUCCCAGGUGACUAGGUUUGCGAUUAUUUGGAGUAGCAGUGCUACGACAGACACUAAAAAUGCUGUGACAUUCUAUAGGCCUGUAGGAGUACCUGAUAGGUUUCAUAUUCUUGGUCACUAUUGUCAAUCCGAUGAAAAGCCUUUAAGGGGUUUUGUACUUGUUGCAAAGGGAGUUAAAAUUGCUGAUAUUCAUAAUCAAGAUAAGUUACCUCCGAUGAAAUUUCCCCUUGAUUUUAGUUUGGUUUGGGGUGAAAAUCGAAGAAGUUUGGAAACUUUAGGUGUAUACUUUUGGGUACCUGAACCUCCUGAAGGCUACAAAGCCCUUGGAUGUUUGGUUACUACCAAACCUGUGAAGCCUUUUUUGGAUGAAAUGUGCUGUGUUCGUUCUGAUCUCACCCAUGAAUGUGAACCUUAUCGCCAAAUACUCACUGCUGGCUCAAAAAUUCCGGAGUUUUCAUUUCAGGUAUGGAGUUUGAGACCUCGAGAUCGUGGCAUACUAGGGAAAGGAGUUUCUGUUGGGACUUUUUUCUGCAGCAAUGGGUGGUCCACCAUGAGAGAAGAUGUAACUGUAGUAUGCUUGAAGAAUUUGAAUCCUGAAAUGCAAGCAAUGCCAAAUUUGCAACAAAUACAUGCACUUAUUAAGCAUUAUGGCCCUACUCUUUUCUUUCAUCCUCAUGAAACUUACUUGCCAUCUUCUGUGGAAUGGUUUUUCAACAAUGGAGCACUUUUGUACACAAAGGGUGUAUCUGCAGGAGAGAAAAUUGAUGCAAAUGGAUCAAAUCUACCAGGUGGGGGAACAAAUGAUGGCCAAUAUUGGAUAGAUUUGCCAAGAGAUGAUAAAAGAGAGCUUGUGAAACGUGGGGACUUGAAAAGUGCAAAGCUUUAUGUUCAUGUGAAGCCUGUUUUUGGAGGAACUUUCACUGACAUUGCAAUGUGGGUGUUUUGCCCUUUCAAUGGACCAGCCACUCUGAAAAUUGGAAUCAAGGAUAUUCCUUUGAGCAAGAUUGGAGAACAUGUUGGUGAUUGGGAGCAUUUCACACUUCGCAUAAGCAACUUCAGUGGAGAACUCUACAGUAUAUACUUCUCACAGCACAGUGGUGGUGAAUGGGUGGAUGCAUGUGACUUGGAAUAUGUUGAAGGUAAUAAAGCUAUUGUUUACUCAUCAAAAAGUGGACAUGCAAGUUACCCUCAUGCUGGAACCUGCAUCCAAGGUUCUGCAAAACUUGGAAUUGGUAUUAGGAAUGAUGCUGCUCGCAGUAAUCUGUAUGUGGAUUCUAGUAUUCACUAUGAGCUUGUUGCAGCUGAGUAUCUUGAAAAUGAGAUCACUGAGCCUCAAUGGUUGCAAUUUAUGAGAGAAUGGGGCCCCAAAAUUGUUUAUGAUUCAAAAACUGAGCUGGAUAAGGUAAUCAAUGCUCUUCCUCGCUUGCUCAAAUAUUCUGUGAAGGGCUUAUUUAACAAGUUCCCAGUGGAGCUUUAUGGUGAGGAAGGUCCCACUGGGCCAAAAGAGAAAAAUAAUUGGUUACAGGAUGAAAGAUGGUGAUUCUGUGGUGUUCAAAUCACAGUUUGGUGAGUAAAAAUUUUGGAGUGUUUUUGUUGCAAUUGAAUUUGAAUGUACAUAUAGAUAGAUUCAUAGAUAGAUAGAAUUAUGCAGUAAGUUUUAGGUUUGGGAGGUGCUUUGUCUCUUGCAUGUUUGGCUAAUGAUUUUUGCAUCACUUGUAAUAAUAUAUGCAUAAAUUUCGCAGUUGGAUUGAUUUCCUCUCAGUUAUUCUGCAAUAUCUUUAUUGUUGUACAAUGCUUCUUCCGUAACAAA